AUUUUUUAAUGUCUUGGAUUAACCAAAACUAAGUUACCCUUAACAAACCUAAUAAUCUACUUGGAUUAUUUACUCAAUCAAGAGACUCUCUACAUCAUGAUCCUAGUGAUUAAUUUACUAAAUUACCACCUCACCUUUAUAAUAAACAUAAAGGAAAGAAACCUUCUCAAAUUCUAUAUGAUGAGGUUUAUUCACAUUAUUAUUAGUCUUUAGAUAUAUAAGGACAUUAUUGAAACUCCAAAUAUUAAUAGAUUUGUAUAACCUCCUCCAUAAUAUGAAUUGAAAGAUUAGAAUUUUAAAUGUUGGCAAUGUUAAAAACCUAUAUCUAAUGGAUUCCUAACUAUUGGAGCUAAUUGUGAUUAAUGUUUUUUUCAUGGACGCUAUUUUUGCAAUGAUUGUAUGUCGGUAGUUCGUAUGUCGAUUCCAUGGAAAGCUUUAGAUAGUUUUGAUUUAAGACAUUAUAAAGUUUCUAAACUUGCUUAAUCUGAAAUAGAUAAAUUAUAUGACUUACCUAUUCUAGAAAUUACACCAACAUCUAAAUUAUUGUAGCUUAAUAAAACACUUUUUGAAUUUAUGGUUCUCAAAAGAUAAAUCCAUUUAUUAUAUGAUAUGAUUUGUGAUCCUAAAUUAGUACAAACCUUAUUAGAAAAAAGAAUGAAUCUUUGUUUAAAAAGAAAUUGUUUUAGUUUAAAGGAUUUAUAUGAAAUAUAUAAUGGAAGUCUUUCCAAAGUUAUUUAAGGAUAUUAUGUUAUACUUUUUAAACAUAUUGAUCUUUGUAAGAGUUGUCAAAAAAGAGGUCAUAUAUGCAUUAUAUGUUAACAUGUCGUACCUAUUCAUGCAUUUGAUAUCAAAAAUGUAACAUAUUGUGACACUUGUUUAAAAGUUUUCCAUAGAGAUUGUGCUGAAUCGAAAUCCUGUCCUAAUUGUUUACAAUAGAGAUGA